AUGAGAACAGUUCCCAUUAGGCCCACUGUGAUCCUGCAACCAAACUCAAUUCUGAUACACUGGAGUGAAACAGUCACUGUCAGAUGUGAGAUUCAGGGAGGUGAAGGAGCUCAGUGGACGUAUGAAUGGAGUCCUGCCAAGUUAAACACACCUCCAACAUCCAAUGAAUACAGAACCAUCAGAGCUACUGAGUCUGACAGUGGAGGAUACAGCUGCCGGGGCAGGAGGGACUAUUUCUUCACAGAGUGGAGUGAUAUCAUCACACUGACUGUAUCAUCAUAUAAACCAAAGGCCAAACUGAGAGCUGAUAACGCAACUGUUCCAGUAGGGGGCAGUGUGACUCUGACCUGCUCUGUGAACCCACCAUCAGCUGGAUGGAAAUACUACUGGUACAGAGAUAAUACCACAGUGGAUGCAGUCUCCCCAUCAAAUGGACAAAUCAGUGUCUCAGAGGGAGGAACCUAUUGGUGCAGAGGAGGAAGAGGAAACCCAGUUUACUACACAGAGUACAGCGACUCAGUUAAGAUUAAAAAAAUUGGUGAGUUUGGAUUUAGCAACCAUGAAACAGAAAAUCUCAAUGUAAACAGUCCUGUCCUCACUGUGUCUCCAUCAUGGCUGAGUCCUGGAGCCUCAGUAACUCUGAACUGUGAGGUUGAACAUCCGUCUGCAGGAUGGAGCUUCUACUGGUAUAAAGCUGUUCCUGAUCUAUCAGAGAAAUCCUCCAGUUAUGAGCUGCUACCUGAUGGCAGUGGGACUGCACAGGACUCCUACAUCAUUCAUGGACAGACACACACAGCAGGAUAUGUGUGCAGAGCUGGAAGAGGAGACCCAGAGUAUCACACUGAUCACAGUCAACCAAAGUUUGUCUGGUCUGCAGGUCAGUUUGUUUCUGUUUAUCGUUUCAUUGAGCUGAUAUGAUGUCAUCAUUUAAUU